CAGCUGUGCCGUAUGGUGUUUUGCUCGCUCCUGUUCCAUACCUUCGCCUAGAUCAAAAUGGUAGAAAGACAUUCGUUUGGCAUACUGCUGCUUGCUGCCCACUUGGCCUUAUUGGAAUGCAAGUUUCCGUUGGUAUCAAGAAAAGCUUACAAUAUGAGUCAGUUCUUGAAUACCAAGGAGCGUAUAUGGACCUAUGAGACGAACGGACCCACCAAUCUCGAAUGUGAAGUGGAAGUUAUACACACGAUUACACCAAAACAAAUAUUUUUUAUGAAAGCUUACUACGAAAAUGGGACGAAGAUUACUAGCAAGCUGUUGGGAAAAUUUGAACUGCAUCGGCUGAAGCGCUUGGACGUCUAUUCUCUAGGUGGUGAGAUGAGGUUUUCCGAGGACAUCAUUUAUAUGAGCUCGACAUCUAGCUGCGCAGUUAUCAGAGUAGCAAAGAGUGGCGGCAAACACCCCACUUUCGACCUUCGAGUUCGGAAUUCCUCAACUAAAGAAGUCCCUGAGAAGAAAUGCUUGCGCCACUUCCUUACGCAUGUAAAGCGAGCCCAAGUGAUCUACCGUCCUCGGUGUCAACAUAUAUUUGAUACCAGUGGGCAGUCCUCAUUGCUGGUAAUAGGUGGAAACAAAAAUUAGUAAAAAAGUUCAUCAAAAUAACUGUAUAAAUGAAGUGUAUGCGGAAAGGAAAAACUGCAAACAGAACGAGAAGGGGCAGAAAAAAAAUAUGAGCAUUAUAGUAGAAUAUAACCAGUCGACCAAUCAUAAUUAUAUGCUACCUCACGAGUAUUUGUCCAGCUUAGAUUAGGUUACUUUUGUGGGUAAGUAAGAUUUUUCUAACAUGAAGCCCUCGCAGUUCUAGAUGUGUCGUUAUUUUUUACCUACCUAAGCUAGGUAGUACGUUAGUGUUUUAUUUAUUAGGUACCUAUUCUAUGAUUUCAAAAAUUCCGUUGUUAAAAUGUAACUUGAAAAUGGCAUUUAAAUAUGCAAAUUGGCCUCCUUGGACAAAAGCAAAUAGAAGCUUUCGUUUACUGAAAUUUACCAACAAUGGCAAAAUAUUUUUUCGCAACUGCGAACGCCUGUAAAAUACAUUUCUGGAGAUGUCAA